GGCCCAGUCCAUCCCCCUUCGGAUGCGCAGAAGCAGAAGUCACCACGCCGGACUCCUCGAUUCCCUCGCGGGCGAUUCCUGGCUCCUUCACCACCCCAGCACUCCAAGACCCCCGCCCUUUGGCCUGAGGCUCCCACUGCCCUAGCCAGUUCCCGGGCUCACUUCCAGCUUUUCCAGAAAGCUUGGCCACGCCCCUCGGCCCAGACUCUCAGGCCACUCGGCCGCAAUUAACCCGCGUCUCUGCGCCUUUUUAGGCCCCUCCCCCUCGGUCGUGCCCUUGUCAUCUCUUAGGCCCCGUCUCACCCUUUCGGAUGCCUCCCCUAGAACCCUACCACUUUCCACCCCUUUCCGUCUGUUAUUUCUCCCAAACUUGCGCCCGCACAGGCCCCUCUGGAACACUCCUGCCCCGUAGUGCCCCUCGUCCCCGCUCCGUAGAGAAAGAGCGUGCGUGCCGCGCAUUUCUGGCCUGGGGAGCGGGUGGAGUAAACCUGCGGGAACCAUUUUACGACAACGUGCGGCUGUGCGGUGUGGCUGACGGCAACGCCGCUGCUCUUGGAGAGGUCACUCCGGAGACGGCGUUGGUUUUGGGGUGUGGGGGGUUGGUGGCACUAUGUGGCGCGUAUGUGCGCGACGGGCCCAGAAUGUAGCCCCAUGGGCGGGACUCGAGGCUCGGUGGACGGCCUUGCAGGAGGUACCCGCAACUCCACGAGUGACCUCGCGAUCUGGCCCGGCUCCCGCUCGUCGCAACAGCGUGACUACAGGGUAUGGCGGGGUCCGGGCACUGUGCGGCUGGACCCCCAGUUCUGGGGCCACGCCGCGGAACCGCUUACUGCUGCAGCUUUUGGGGUCGCCCGGCCGCCGCUAUUACAGUCUUCCCCCGCAUCAGAAGGUUCCAUUGCCUUCUCUUUCCCCCACAAUGCAGGCAGGCACCAUAGCCCGUUGGGAAAAAAAAGAGGGGGACAAAAUCAACGAAGGUGACCUAAUUGCAGAGGUUGAAACUGAUAAAGCCACUGUUGGAUUUGAGAGCCUGGAGGAGUGUUAUAUGGCAAAGAUACUUGUUGCUGAAGGUACCAGGGAUGUUCCCAUCGGAGCGAUCAUCUGUAUCACAGUUGGCAAGCCUGAGGAUAUUGAGGCCUUUAAAAAUUAUACAUUGGAUUCCUCAGCAGCACCUACCCCACAGGCGGCCCCAGCACCAACCCCUGCUGCCAGUGCUUCGCCACCUACACCUUCUGCUCAGGCUCCUGGUAGCUCAUAUCCCCCUCACAUGCAGGUACUUCUUCCUGCCCUCUCUCCCACCAUGACCAUGGGCACAGUUCAGAGAUGGGAAAAAAAAGUGGGUGAGAAGCUAAGUGAAGGAGACUUACUGGCAGAGAUAGAAACUGACAAAGCCACUAUAGGUUUUGAAGUACAGGAAGAAGGUUAUCUGGCAAAAAUCCUGGUCCCUGAAGGCACAAGAGAUGUCCCUCUAGGAACCCCACUCUGUAUCAUUGUAGAAAAAGAGGCAGAUAUAUCAGCAUUUGCUGACUAUAGGCCAACCGAAGUAACAGAUUUAAAACCACAAGCGCCACCACCUACCCCACCCCCGGUGGCCGCUGUUCCUCCAACUCCCCAGCCUUUAGCUCCUACACCUUCAGCACCCUGCCCAGCUACUCCUGCUGGACCAAAGGGAAGGGUGUUUGUUAGCCCUCUUGCAAAGAAGUUGGCAGUAGAGAAAGGGAUUGAUCUUACACAAGUAAAAGGGACAGGACCAGAUGGUAGAAUCACCAAGAAGGAUAUCGACUCUUUUGUGCCUAGUAAAGUUGCUCCUGCUCCAGCAGCUGUUGUGCCUCCCACAGGUCCUGGAAUGGCACCAGUUCCUACAGGUGUCUUCACAGAUAUCCCAAUCAGCAACAUUCGUCGGGUUAUUGCACAGCGAUUAAUGCAAUCAAAGCAAACCAUACCUCAUUAUUACCUUUCUAUCGAUGUAAAUAUGGGAGAAGUUUUGUUGGUACGGAAAGAACUUAAUAAGAUAUUAGAAGGGAGAAGCAAAAUUUCUGUCAAUGACUUCAUCAUAAAAGCUUCAGCUUUGGCAUGUUUAAAAGUUCCCGAAGCAAAUUCUUCUUGGAUGGACACAGUUAUAAGACAAAAUCAUGUUGUUGAUGUCAGUGUUGCGGUCAGUACUCCUGCAGGACUCAUCACACCUAUUGUGUUUAAUGCACAUAUAAAAGGAGUGGAAACCAUUGCUAAUGAUGUUGUUUCUUUAGCAGCCAAAGCAAGAGAGGGUAAACUACAGCCACAUGAAUUCCAGGGUGGCACUUUUACGAUCUCCAAUUUAGGAAUGUUUGGAAUUAAGAAUUUCUCUGCUAUUAUUAACCCACCUCAAGCAUGUAUUUUGGCAAUUGGUGCUUCAGAGGAUAAACUGGUCCCUGCAGAUAAUGAAAAAGGGUUUGAUGUGGCUAGCAUGAUGUCUGUUACACUCAGUUGUGAUCACCGGGUGGUGGAUGGAGCAGUUGGAGCCCAGUGGCUUGCUGAGUUUAGAAAGUACCUUGAAAAACCUAUCACUAUGUUGUUGUAACUAACUCAAGAAUUUCUAAACUCUCCCAGGUCACACUGAUUCAUUCUUAACAAGAUAUUUAUAUGUUAUUAAACAGGUGGUUCUUUUUAUUUUAACCAGUUAUUUUUAUUAUUGAGUCUGUCCAGAUAAGUUAUUUGUAAUGGGCAUUACUGAAUUUUUAAAAUGCCGAUUACACCCAAAUAUUGUGCACAUUUAAUAAUCAGACACCAGAUUUUUAGCUCUGUACUCCUAAUUAAGGGACAUGUAUGUGGCCUUGCCUAGCCCUUUGGUGAUAAGUACUUCCUCUAGGAAAUGUACGAUAGGUAGAAUUGUGGUUCCCUAAAGACAGGUACAUAAAGGUGACCCUGAUGAAACCUUGAAGUUCUGAAAUUUAACUGCCUAAAAUGUUCUCCUUAGAUGUGAGAGAAAGAGAAAUCAGGAAAAUUAAUUCUCUUGGGGGAAGGGCUUGAAUUGAAGCUUUACUUUAGAAUUUAGCCCUGGUUUGAAAUUUUCCAUUACAUGAUCUUGGUUUAUCAUCGAUGGGAAGGGUAGAAAACUUCAAGGAAAAUAAGUGAAAUUUUAAAAGUCAGCAUUUUCUUAGACCUCUUCAGCUGAUUGUUUAUUUUUCUAUGAAUUCCUACACAUGGUUGUUCCCCCCUACUUGAGAUAAUCUAAAUAUAAACCAGCUACUUGAUGUAAA